GUCAACUGCUCCUCCGCCUCCUUCCCUUCCAAGUUCUGAACAUUUCCGGUCUCCUUCCGAAGUGGACAAACGCGUGAUCGACCUUCCCCUCCCUUCUCUCUCUCUCUCCCACCUUUCCUCUCACCAAUAAAAGCCCCCUUCCCCUUCUUAUUUAAGACCAGAGAGGAGGAAGCCCACCAUCUCUCCCUCUUUUAGUACAUAUUUCUCAUCUGUUUCUUAGCUUUUCGUUCUUGGGGCUGAUUGUUCUGUCUAUUCUGAGGCGGGAAGUCGAUUUUCUGGCGAUACCCAAGUGGCCGGAACCGCGGGAUUGUCGACUUUGGAGAGUUUUUUCUGGUACCCAUUUGGUUUUCUGAUGCAGAGCGCGGUGAUUUCCCUGUCUCCGAGCUUCGGCGGCCACUCCGGCCGGUUUCUGGACGUCUCCGCGGAUUUGAUCGCCGCCCACCCUCUUCCUGAGGACGAGGACGUCUACGACCUUCCUCAGGAGGAGGAGGAGGAGGAGGAGGAGGCCUACAACGGUUGCGAUCGGUGCGGAGGAAACGCUGAGGAGGACGAAGAAGAUGACGAUGACUUCGAAUUUGGGGGGCUUGUUUCCUCAGCCGACGACUUCGACGCCAUCUCCGCCGAUGAGCUCUUCGCCAACGGCCGGAUGCGGCCGCUCUUCGAGGUCUUCCAGUCGUGGCCGGCCGGUUCGAUCCCUGUUCCUUCGUCCGCUGCUCAGUCCGACCUUUCUUCUUCUUCUUCAUCUUCCGCUUGCUCUUCGUCGUCCACUUCGACUCGUCUGCCUCUGAAAACGCUCUUCCUGGAGGACCGGGCGGUGCCGGAGGCCGACGAGCUCACCGGCGUCCCUGAGGGUACCUACUGCGUGUGGUCGCCGAGAAAGCCCCAGCCAGAGACGUGCAAGAAGAGCAACUCCACCAGCAACUCCUCCCGCAGGUGGCGGCUCCGCGACAUCCUCCACCGAAGCAACAGCGACGGGAAGGACAUGUUCGUCUUCCUCGCGCCGCCCCCAAAGAAGAACAAGGACCGACAAGCACCUGAAUCACGCCCCCGGAGACCUCCGGCCUCGCCGGAGAGGGUGGAGCCGCAGAAGAAGAUGGAGAAGGACAAAAACAUGGCCGACAGGAAAACCAACCAAAAGAAGGGGGGCUUCCCGGCUGAUGUCCGGUACGUGAAGUCCCGGGAGGGAGACCGGCGGCGGUCGUAUCUGCCGUACAGGCAGGACCUGGUCGGCAUCUUCGGCAAUCUGAAUCUUCAUCACCACCAGCAUCAUUGAUCUUCCCUGUUCUUUUUUUUCUUCCCCUUUUCUCGCAAAAUGAGGAAUUAAAAUUACUAAAAAUGAAAUAUGUGAGAUUUUAUCUUCUUUUUUUAUUUCUUUUUCUUUUAAUAUCAUGUAAAGGAGAAUUCUUUAAGGUGGUACGACUCUGAGUACAGUCUUGAUGUUCA